UUGACUGGGGAAUAGAGGGAAGAGCGGAGACGGCAGCAGCGGCGGCAGCAGCAGCAUCGCCCCGUCGGGAAACAGAAACACACACAACUGAACAUCUGAGAGGAGAGAGAGGAGAGAGGAAGGACCGCAGCUCGCCGGGGAGUGUCCGACUCCGGCGAAAAGAACAAAGGCACAGAUGACUGAGCGGAUUUUCGCUUCCUAAAUGGAAAACACAAGGAGGUUCAUUUAAGUCAGUGUUCGCUGAACGGAGGGACUCCCCCCGGCCCCCCCCGGCGGUUGCAGCCCCCCCCCCCCCUCUCAGCCAUGCCGCUUGUAUUCCGCACACUGUUGUUCGGCUUUGUAACGCUGCUGGUUGUGCUUUUGAUAAUUGAUGAUAUUGCAGAAGUGGAGGAAGAAACUGCAAAUAUUGGACAUUCAAAGAAGAUGAACUUGCACCGGCUCAUCCCCAAACCACACAGAAAGGCUGCAGUACACGUAAACCCCACUGCUUUGACAACAGCGAGCGCGGAGACAUAUCGUCACCGUCCAAUCUACAAUAACACUGCCAAACACUCGUCAAACAGCUGGACUUUCAAUAAGACCCUCUCCCACCUCAUCAGGAAAAACAUUCUGAGAUUCCUCGACCCGGAGAGAGACAUCUCGAUUCUGAAGGGCACGCUGAAACCGGGAGAUAUCAUCCACUAUGUUUUUGAUCGCCACAGUACCACAAACAUCUCAGAAAAUCUCUACCGUCUCUUGCCAACCGUAUCCCCCAUGAAAAACCAGCAUUACAGGCGCUGUGCCAUCGUGGGCAACUCCGGGAUCCUUCUGAACAGCAGCUGUGGGCCUGAGAUCGACUCUCAUGACUUUGUUAUCAGGUGUAACCUGGCACCGGUGGAGGAAUACUUUCAGGACGUGGGAUGGCGGACCAACUUGGUGACCAUGAACCCAUCAGUAGUGCAGCGAGCCUUCCAGGACCUGGUCACCGAUGAGUGGAAGGAGCGCUUCUUGCGGCGUCUUCGAAGCCUCAGCGGCAGCGUGUUGUGGAUCCCAGCCUUCAUGGCCAAGGGGGGAGAGGAACGCGUGGAGUGGGCACUGCGUCUCAUCCUGCUGCACACCGUAGACAUACGCACCGCCUUUCCAUCGCUGCGCCUUCUCCAUGCCGUCAGAGGGUACUGGCUGACGAACAACGUCCACAUCAAACGUCCGACCACCGGCCUCCUCAUGUACACAAUGGCCACUCGCUUCUGCGAGGAGAUCCACCUUUACGGCUUUUGGCCCUUUCCACUCGACCCGCAAGGCAAACCGGUUAAAUACCACUACUACGACACCCUCAAAUAUGAGUACACCUCCAGCUCGAGUCCUCACACCAUGCCUUUGGAGUUCAGGACCCUGAGCACAUUGCACAGACAGGGGGCGCUACGGCUCCACACUGGGGUUUGUGGCAUCCAGCAGAGACCACAGAAAGAUCUCCAGAGCAAAUAGCAGAAGGUUCUGCGGCAAGCAGACUUGAAUGCGAGCAGUUUUUCUCGUUGCUAGCACUUUUAUGAGACUUGAAUUAACUUAUUUUCAACAGCUGGAAUUAACAGUUUUUCUAUUUCAAGCUCAAAGAGUGACCAACUCCACCCUCAGGCCUGAGGUCUCUCCAAUCUUGAACAGCUUUUGUCAACUUUGAGGAAAUGCAAACGCAAGCACAUCUUUUUUUUGCGUGUCUGUAUGUGUGUUGGUUAAAUAAAUUAAUAAAUAUAAUUUCCUUUUUAUAUUCUAAAUUACAACAUGGGCUAUGAUGAAAAACGAUAGCUCCAGAAUGCCAGUAAAUUAAAAGUAGCUGAGAUCCCACAAGGGUGAAAAGUUAAUAAGGCUGGCUCUGAAAUUCAUAUUCCAACUUUGUUAUGAUAAGACUCAAUUUAGAGGUGUUGUGUGAGCUGUUAAAUUACUGGUUCGCUUGUUGAGCCACAAGAUGGAAGCACUUAAUAAUCAGGAAGAAUGAUGAUAGAGGAAAAAAAGGGGACCAACAUUUCUGUUUAAAACACUUUGAAGUGGAAUCUCUUAAACGCUUUCUAUGACAUAACCUUACUUUAAUGUUAGAAGGUUAAUAACAUGCAAAAACUCAAACCUCCAAUAAACCAGAGCCACCGUCUAAUAAAGUCAGGUUACCUUGAGAAGCAAAUCAAGAAAGGAAGGCGUGAGCAUAAUGGAGGAGUGUACCAGCUGUUCACAUACGAAUGUUUACUUAGACUUUGCCAACGGUAAACCCACUUUGUAAACUUUCCUCAAAGAGCACCAGCCCUGUUUCCUCACCGGAGGGCGAGACGGUAGCUGGAUGUUUGUAGUAAGAAGAGGUUUACUUUUUGAGAUGAAUGUAUUCGUUGGCUUCCUUACAAACGUGGGAACAAGCAGGCCCCAUAAUGUGCUUUUAAAUUAACAUUAAGUCGCAAUUAGCAGCUAUUUCAGUGAAAUAUCACUGAGAGGACCCCGAGCUGGACAUCUGUAUGCCUUUAUUCAUGUGGAGCAAGGGUUCUCAAGGUUUUUAUGACCAAUGUAGGGAGAGGAGGGCUGCACACAUCACAAACACUGGAAAUGUGUGUGACGUGUCCGUUAUUUGUGUUUUUAAUUGACUUUUUGUGACAUUUAAUAUGUUCAGUGUUACAUUUCUUGACACCAGCUAUAUAUGUCAGUGGUAGAAAGGUUUAGUCUGCUAUAAUGGCUGUAACACAGAUAUGUGCUGCUACACUCACUGGCCACUUUGUUAGGCACAGCUGUUCAACUGGUUGUUAACACAAAUAUCUCAUCAGCCAAUCAUGAGGCAGCAGUGCAUUUGGGAAUGUUGGCAAAUGUGGUCAAGAUGACCUGCUUAGGUUUGAACUGAGCAUCAGAAUAGGAAGAAAGAUGAUUGUUUCAUGCUUCUUGGUGUCAGACAGGCUGGUCUGAGUAUUUCAGAAUCUGCUGAUCUGCUCGGAUUUUCCCACACAACCAUCUGUAGGGUUUACAGAGAAUGGCCUGAUAAAGAGAAGAGCUCACUGGAUCGUGAGCACCGGUUCUCUGGGUGGAUAUGCCCUGCUGAUAUCAGAGGUCAGAGGAGCAUGGCUAGACUGCUUUAAGCUGACUCAAAUUAUUGUUACAACCCAGGUAUGCAGAAGAGCAUCUGUGAACACACAACACGUUGCAGCUUGAAGCAGACAAGGCACAGGGACAGGAGACCACAAUGGGUGGUCGUGGAAUGUUUCCAGCACAUAUCCCAUAAAGCAUUUAGGCAGCUCUGAAGGCAAAACAUCUACAACCCAUUACUAGCAAGGUAACCUAAUGAAGAGGCCAGUGAGUGUAAAGGAUAGUUUGAUGUGUGGAUUAGUUAAAUAUAAACUAGUGCAUUUCUUUCUUUGUUGCACUGAAAGACCUCGUAACAUGUUACCAAGAGCUGCCUCAGGCUCACAGGUCACACUUUAAGAAAUACGGAGGUAGAGUGAUGUGUUCAUUUUUCUUGUAGAGCAUGUUUGGAAUUAGUAUUAAACCAAUAUAAUAGUUUGAUACAUAGUAUUGUGCCUAUAAUAAAGAAAUUCCACCAGUCCCUAAGUGGACCAUCCCCAUGCCCAGACACUAUAAAAGGUUUAUUCGAGUGUGAGUUCUUUAACCUAGUUAUCAAUUUAAAAUAAAAACAGAGUAUGCAAAAAAUGUCUCGUCGUAGGCCUGCAGUCAGGAUAGAAACUCCUUUCUAUGUACAUUUUAAGGCCAGUAGUAGACUGUCUUUUCAAACUGGAGCAUCUUAACGCAAGAUUAAAUUAUAUUUUUGUACUUCGAGGAUCCACCUCAUCAAAAGGGGUUUUGUUUUGGGCUUUUUUUUGGAGUUAUCUCGAUGUUGAGAUUUUAGCCAAAAAGCUCUGGGUAUUUUUCUGUAACAAUAUGCUUCUGUUAUAGAAAAUUAAAGGAAGCAUUUGAAAUAUUCCAAGAGCUCCAUAGCUAAACAAAUAGCCUCUCAUGCGCUCUCAGCCAUGUGAUUUGUCCACAAAAAGUGUUGUUUUGACAGGAUGCGCCUGUUGACUUGCAUGUCGGCCUUAUUACACCGCCAAUUAAGUUAAGAAUAGACAUGAAAGUUGUACUAGAGACGUCAGCAGUCUGAAGCAAUGAAAGGUUUAUUUGUGUGAGCUUGUCUGACUUUGGCAAAAAUAGAAAUGGUUUGUGACCAACGCUAUUAAGUUAAUUAACCCAGAAUGUGGAGUUUGCCACAGAUGAGAAAAACUUUCUCACACAUGUUCCCCGCUCUGAAGAUUGUACAGUUUUUAUCUUGCUUUUCCCCCCCACGUACCCUGUUAACAUCUGUUUAAUGUGCAAAUUACAGCAAACUAAUACUCGCUUUUGCAUGUUUGUCUUGUGUUA